AGGGGGAGCAAACACACAUGCAUUUUGCUCAAGGGGUGUAAGUGCAACAUAUUACAUUUUCCGGCGAACCCUUUAAUCACCGGCUACCGUUAUCAAGAUAAACAUUCCAUGCACCUAUGUCACUAUCAUCACCGGAUUCCCACAUCCCCUCUAUAUGUGACUAAUUCUGAUCCGACAAGUAUCAUCGUCAAUGGCUACCGAUAAUGAAUCGCCGGAGAAUAAUCCAGGACUCCGCAAUGGUCCGCAAGCUGAAGAAACAAAGAGCUACUUCGUGCAACAAACGAUGUACCGAAUUAAAGAUCCAAAAGUCAGUCUUAAGUUCUACUCAGAAACACUCGGAAUGUCGUUGCUUAAAAAACUGGAGUUUCCUGAUAUGAAAUUUAGCUUGUAUUUUCUGGGUUAUGAGGACACCUCAUCCGCUCCUUCUGAUCCAGUCGAACGUACUCAAUGGACAUUCAAGAAACCGGCCACCAUUGAGCUUACAUACAACUGGGAUACUGAAAAAGAUCAUAGAUUCCAAGGAUACCACAAUGGGAACUCGGAACCACGAGGAUUUGGACAUAUUGGUAUAACAGUUGAUGAUAUACACAAGGCGUGCAAAAGAUUUGAGAGUCAUAGCGUUCAAUUUAUCAAAAAGCCUGAUGAAGGGAAAAUGAAAGGGAUUGCAUUCAUUAAAGAUCCUGAUGGUUACUGGAUUGAGAUAUUUGACAGUAAAAACAUUGAUAAUGUAGCAAAUGCUGCUGGGACAAGAUCCUUAAGAAAGGGAUGAAUACAUGCCAAGAUCGAUCAUUGCGCGGACUAUAAAAUAAAAGAAAUGGAAGAAAAAAUAGAUUAAUAUAUCGAACUUCAGAUAUAUACACCUACUCCUUGGUGUUUGCAGGAUAUGUGGCUUGUAAUAAUAAACUGAAGUCUUGGUAAGAAAGUAUACUUAUGUAACCAAAUGUUGUAUUAAACUAUGUAUUUGGUGCUAUAUGUCUUGAAUUCUGGAUCCAUAUUUUUAACAA